AUGCUGCGCUGGUAUCAGACGAAGUUGGCGAAGCAGCCAAUUCUUACUGCCAGUGUCACAAGCGCCAUACUUUUUGGCAGUGGAGAUGUUCUGGCUCAGCAGUUAGUUGAUCGCAGGGGUCUUGAGAAGCAUGAUAUGGCAAGGACAGGACGCAUGGCUCUUUAUGGUGGAGCUAUUUUCGGGCCCGCUGCCACCACCUGGUACGGCAUUCUUCAGCGUCAUGUUGUUCUGAAAGGCACCAAGAGUACCAUUGUUGCACGUGUUGUUGCAGACCAGUGCCUCUUUACUCCGACUCACCUGACUUGCUUCUUGACUUCUAUGGCUAUCAUGGAAGGGUCCGACCCAGUCGAGAAGUGGCGUAACAGCUUUUUCGCUAGUUACAAGGCGAACCUUGCAAUUUGGCCUCUUGUCCAGGGGGUUAAUUUUGCGAUUGUUCCAUUGGAAUACCGUGUGCUGGUUGUAAACUUGGUCAGCUUAGGCUGGAACUGUCUCUUGAGUUUGAUCAACAGUGGUGAGAAAUGA